UCGCUACUGACUGAGCCCCUCGAGUCGCAGCCAGCCCGGCGGAGGGAUUUGGCUUGGGGUCGGGGUUGCUGGCGAGCGAAGAGCAAGAUGCUGUUUUGGCACACGCAGCCGGAGCAUUACAACCAGCAUUCUACGGGCAGCUACUUGCGUGAUGUGCUUUCACUGCCAUUCUUUAAACAAGAAGAGCCUCAGCUUUCCCCUGAGAAUGAAGCAAAACUUCCUCCAUUUCAAUAUGUGCUCUGUGCAGCUACAUCUCCUGCCAUAAAGCUUCAUGAAGAGACUCUGACUUAUCUCAACCAAGGUCAGUCAUAUGAAAUCCGUCUACUUGAGAAUAGGAAAUUGGGAGAGUUUCAAGAUUUAAACACAAAAUAUGUAAAGAGCAUUAUUCGUGUAGUUUUUCAUGAUCGGCGUUUGCAAUAUACUGAGCACCAACAGCUAGAAGGCUGGAGAUGGAGUCGGCCUGGAGACCGCAUCCUUGACAUAGAUAUCCCACUGUCAGUUGGUAUCUUAGAUCCCAAAGCAAGUCCCACGCAGUUGAAUACAGUUGAAUUUCUGUGGGAUCCAUCUAAGAGAGCAUCUGCGUUUAUUCAGGUACACUGUAUUAGUACGGAAUUUACUCCAAGGAAACAUGGAGGGGAGAAAGGGGUACCCUUCCGAAUACAAAUGGAUACGUUUAAACAGAAUGAAAAUGGCGAGUAUACAGAACACUUACAUUCUGCAAGCUGCCAGAUCAAAGUGUUUAAGCCUAAAGGAGCAGAUAGGAAACAGAAAACAGACAGAGAAAAAAUGGAGAAGAAAACCACUCAAGAAAGGGAGAAAUAUCAGCCUUCCUAUGAUACAACCAUUCUCACUGAGUGUUCCCCGUGGCCAGAUGUACCUUAUCAAGUGAACAACACUCCAUCUCCAAAUUACAACAGCUCUCCAAACAGUUUCAGCCUUGGAGAUGGCAACAGUUCUCCAACUCAUCAGGUGGAGCUCCUGCCUCCCAGCAAUGAUCAUCUCCUUCCCUCUGCUUCUAUUCAAGAUGCUCAGCAGUGGCUUCAUCGAAAUAGGUUUUCUCAGUUCUGUAGACUAUUUUCAAGUUUCUCAGGUGCCGACUUACUGAAGAUGUCCAAAGAAGACUUCGUUCAGAUUUGUGGCCCAGCUGAUGGCAUUCGACUUUUUAAUGCCAUUAAAGGAAGGAAUGUAAGGCCUAAGAUGACCAUUUAUGUCUGUCAAGAACCUGAGCAAAAUCGGUCUCAUCUUCAUCAAAAACGAGAGAAUGGAGAUGGUAAUCUUUGUAUAUACCAUGCUAUCUUCUUAGAAGAGUUAACAACACUGGAAUUGAUGGAGAAGAUUGCAAACUUGUACAGUAUUUCCCCACAGCAGAUAAACCGGAUCUAUCGGCAAGGACCUACAGGGAUCCAUGUAUUAGUGAGCAAUGAGAUGGUACAAAACUUUCAAGAUGAAUCUUGUUUCAUCAUCUCUACAUUAAAAGCUGAAAGUAAUGACGGCUACCAUAUCAUUCUGAAAUGACCCACCUCUCUGUAUAUUGGGACUUGGAACACCUUUACAUCAUGAUGUCUCACCCUUCUUCCUGCGACUCAGUCUGGAAAGACAGAAAAUUCAUUGGAUAAAAUACUCCUAUUAACCAAAUGCUCUAACAAGAAGAUAAAAGUUGUAGUUUUUGGAGUCUUGAGGACCACAUAAUGCCUUCAGUUUGUUAUUGAUCUAGUGAUAUUUUGAUUCAAGUGCCUUGUUAAGAAAGUCUUGAAAUGAGCAGAUGAAAUAAGCUGAUACAAUAAACCACCAAGUUUUGGAGUUUAGCCUGGAUAUGGAUUUGAAAUUAACUGGGCUUACUCUAUUGCCCCUCUCUUUCCAGGCUGUUAUAGGAAGUCAGUUGCAGGAUUUUAUCAUUGAUCUGUACUGCUUUUCCCUUUAAAGUGGUUCUUCAACCUUGGCAACUUUAAGAAGUGUGGACUUCAACUCCCAGAAUUCCCCAUACUGGCUGGGGAUUUUUGGGAGUUGAAGUCCACACAUCUUAAAGUGGCCAAGGCUGAUAAAUACUACUUCAAAGCAAGGAAACUAUCUUCUAAGGUCAUCGUGAGAAAAUGUUGUUUCUGCACUCUGUUCUUAUAAACAAGGGCUUUCUUUUUCCCUUUUUUUCCUGAUCUUUUAUACCUCCAGCCUCUACUUUUAAACUUCUAAUUCAUUUCUCCCAUAAAGGCUUCAGACUUCAAGCUAAAACUAGGACAAACAGGGUCAGAUCUUACUUGCAACUGAAUGAUGCACCUCAUUGUAGCUAGCUUAUGUUACUUCAUACAGCUCAGCUUUCCUUCUGCUUAUUGGAUGGGUGGAAAGGGGUUGACUCUUGGGUGGGAAAAUGGGAGAUUACAAGUUUCCCAUCAUUACAGCUGAGAGAAAUGCAACACACCUCAUGGGACUUGGUGAGAUUUGACUUCGAAAGACAAUAAAAAUGGUUGCAUGUGUGCAUAGUCCGUU